UCUGGAAACCGGCUUUAUUUUACGUCACCAUCUUGGUCAUUGCACGUGUCCGAAAUACGCUAUGGCAACUCAAGACAAACUCACAAGAAUUGCUAUUGUGAACAGUGAUAAAUGCAAACCAAAGAGAUGUAAACAAGAGUGUAAGAAAUCCUGUCCUGUCGUUCGGAUGGGUAAACUGUGCAUUGAAGUUACUCCAAACGAUAAGAUUGCGGCCAUUUCUGAAGAGCUGUGUAUAGGAUGUGGUAUUUGUGUAAAAAAGUGCCCCUUUGAGGCUAUAUCUAUUAUAAACCUUCCAAGUAAUCUUGAAAAAGAUACUACUCAUAGAUACAGUCAAAAUUCUUUUAAAUUACACAGGCUUCCUACACCAAGACCAGGCGAAGUUUUAGGAUUAGUAGGCACAAAUGGUAUUGGUAAAUCAACAGCUCUUAAAAUUCUAGCUGGUAAGUUAAAACCUAAUUUAGGCAGAUUUCAAGAUCCUCCAGACUGGACAGAGAUUUUAGCCCAUUUCCGUGGUUCUGAAUUGCAAAAUUAUUUCACAAAAAUUUUAGAGGAUGAUUUAAAAGCAAUCAUUAAACCUCAGUAUGUUGAUCAGAUACCUAAGGCAGUUCAAGGUUCUGUUCAACAAUUAUUAGAUAAAAAGGAUGAAUUAAAAAACCAGAACUUAAUUUGCGAGAUGUUAGAUUUGGGAAAUGUUAGAGAGAGGCAAGUGCAAGAUCUUUCUGGUGGUGAAUUACAACGAUUUGCCUGUGCCAUUGUAUGUAUACAAAGAGCUGAUAUUUUCAUGUUUGAUGAACCAUCUAGUUACUUAGAUGUUAAACAGCGUCUGAAAGCUGCUGAAGCUAUUAGAUAUCUCAUUCAUCCUGAUAAGUAUAUUAUUGUAGUUGAGCAUGAUCUUUCUGUUCUAGAUUAUCUGUCUGAUUUUAUUUGUUGUUUGUAUGGAGUUCCUGGUGCAUAUGGUGUAGUUACUAUGCCUUUUUCUGUCCGAGAAGGGAUCAAUAUUUUCCUCGAUGGUUUUGUUCCAACUGAGAAUCUGAGGUUCCGUGACGUUUCAUUAGUUUUCAAAGUCUCAGAAACAGCAUCUGAAGAGGAAAUAAAGCGCAUGUGCCGUUAUGAAUACCCUAGAAUGAAGAAAACCCUAGGUAACUUUAAAAUGUCUGUCGAACCUGGUACAUUUACAGAUUCAGAAAUCAUUGUAAUGUUAGGAGAAAACGGUACAGGCAAAACAACAUUUAUCAGAAUGAUGGCUGGGAAGCUGAAACCAGAUGAUGAGGGCUCUGUUCCACCAUUGAAUAUUAGCUACAAACCUCAAAAGAUAUCACCGAAGUCUCAAGGAACUGUUCGUCAAUUGCUGCAUGAGAAAGUACGUGAUGCUUAUGUUCAUCCUCAGUUCAUUGCUGAUGUUAUGAAGCCACUGCAAAUAGAUAAUAUCAUUGACCAAGAAGUGCGGAAUUUAUCUGGAGGUGAAUUGCAGAGAGUAGCUUUAGUAUUGUGUUUGGGGAAACCUGCUGAUGUUUAUUUGAUUGAUGAACCUUCUGCCUACUUAGAUUCAGAGCAACGUUUAGUAGCUGCGAAAGUUAUAAAGCGUUUCAUCUUGCAUGCAAAAAAGACUGGAUUUGUGGUAGAACACGAUUUCAUUAUGGCUACUUACUUGGCAGAUCGUGUAAUUGUCUUUGAAGGUAAACCUUCUGUGGAAACUAUGGCUAAUUCUCCACAAACAUUGCUUGCUGGAAUGAACAAAUUCUUAGAAUUGCUGAACAUUACAUUUCGUCGAGAUCCGAACAAUUAUCGACCACGUAUCAAUAAAUUGAAUUCAGUUAAGGAUACAGAGCAGAAAAAAGGUGGAAAUUACUUCUUUUUGGAAGAUUAAUGAAUAUUUUAUUUAGUGCAGAUUACAAGAUAGAAAAAUUUUAUAAAAAAAAAAACCAUGUAAGUUGGUUUUCAAUUAUUUGUAAUAAAACGGCAAUUCCAUUUUGUAUAUGAACAAAAGAUAUUUUGUAAUAUAUAUAUAUCAGAAUUUUUGUUUGAAUUUGGAUUGCACUCCUUUUUAUUGUAAGGCAAUUAUUUUUUAUUUCUAGCUUAUGAAAAUUUAUGUCUAUGAAAUAAAUGACUUUGCAUUCAAGCUGAAAAUUUUUUCUUCAAAUGAUGUUAUUUUUGAAGAUUUUGAUAUAUUGAUGCUAUUUUCACAACUUAAAAAUAAUAUGAAGUAAAAAUUUUAGCAUUUUAUGGUGUUGAAUGAUUAAAUUUAUUAUGUAAUUAAGUAAAAUAAUCAAAAUGUUUUUAUAUGUAGUUAUUUGACAAUGCAGUCAUUAAAAUGUUAUUUAUAUUUUGAAUAAAAAUGCGGCAGUGUGUCAUAUAUUUGUAACCAAGGAGGUUAGAAUAGAAGGAGGGAGGGUUCGCAGUUUCCUCCACUAUCGGGGAAUGAAACUCCGCCGAACAAGCGGCGUCCAUGUUUGUGACUUCAAAACAUUGCAUUACGGCAGUGACA